AUGGUACCAACGGUUUGCCAACUACAUCUUACAGAUUGGUUUUCGGUGCAGCAAAAGCGACAACUCCUUGUUUAUUUACAGAUUGAUGACAUUGUCCUAACCGCGUCCUCCGAAAAGUUGAAAUCAGACAUAAUUUCGGCUCUCAACACCGAAUUCGAGAUGACCGAUUUGGGUAAGUUAAGCUACUUUUUGGGUAUUUCUGUCACCCGUGCCUCUCACCACAUGUUCUUAUCUCAKAAAMAGUAUGCUGAAAAUAUCAUUAGUCUGGCCAAAAUGACGAAUUGCAAGCCUAUGCCCACAACGGUCGACUCACAGUCCAAAUUGAGUGCACAUACCGGAAACCCAGUUGAUGACCCGACUCUUUAUCGCAGCCUAGCAGGUGCUCUGCAAUACCUCACCUUCACGCGACCCGACAUCGCCUACGCUGUUCAGCAGAUCUGCCUCUUCAUGCAUGUGCCACGCGAAACCCACUUUAGUGCCCUUAAACGUAUCAUCCGGAACAUCAAAGGCACCCCUUGA